AUGGCACAAAACUCCAGGAACUCGGCAGAGAAUGGGUACUUAUUUUUCUCCGAACUUAUUUUAAUAGUGCUAAUUGUGUCAAGGGGACGUCCACUGGUCGACGGCGUCGUUGUGGUUGAUCUUGUGGUCCUUCGAUAUAGCACAGCUAUCAAUUACUAUACAGCACUUAACCUAACUAAGCUGGACGUGCUGGAUACAUUCGAGACGAUUAAGGUCGCUGUGGCGUAUAAGGACCCCGAAUCCGGUGAGGAGUUGGCUUCGUACCCUACGGAUCCCGAUAUUCUCGAUCGAGCUCAUGUGGUUUAUCAUGAGAUGCCGGGAUGGAAGAGACCGACCACAAACGUGAAGACCUUUGAUGAUCUUCCCAAGCAGGCGCAGGACUAUGUCGAGUUCAUUGAAAGCUUUGUUGGAGUGAAGGUAAAAUGGAUUGGUACUGGCCCUGACCGGGAGAGCAUGAUAGAGAAAUAA